GGGGAAGCGAGAGGGGCUCGGGCCACGCGGGAGAAGCGGGAACGCCGGCCGGGAGGGUCCCUCGGCGAGCGCGCCAACUGUUGUCGCCCGAACUGCUUGAGCGCGCAAGUUCAUCUCUCUUCUCUCUCCCGGCCCCCAACUCCGAGGAAUGAAAGCUUUUCAGGCGGAUUUGGCUCUGCUCUGCUUCUUCCUUCUCAGCCAAGAACUUGGUCUCCCAAGAAGAGGAUGUUAUUUGGUCUUUGGAUUUAUGUACAAGGAGAAGUAUCGGCGAAUGACUGAAGGCCCAGCAUCUUCUUUUACACAGCAACCUCAAGACCAGGUGGUGAUUGCUGGCCAGCCCGUGACCCUCCUGUGUGCUAUUCCCGAAUACAAUGGAAUUGUGCUAUGGAUUAAAGAUGGACUUGCCCUUGGAGUAGGAAGGGAUCUCUCCAGUUACCCACGCUAUUUGGUUGUGGGGGAUCAUCUCUCAGGGGAGCAUCACCUGAAGAUCCUGAGAGCAGAUCUCCAAGAUGAUGCUGUGUACGAGUGCCAAGCCAUUCAAGCGGCCAUCCGUUCCAGACCAGCCCGGCUGACUGUUCUUGUACCUCCAGAUGAUCCAAUCAUUAUCGGAGGACCUAUCAUCAGCCUGCGAGCUGGAGAUCCACUGAAUCUUACCUGUCAUGCUGACAAUGCCAAACCAGCAGCAUCUAUCAUUUGGAUGAGGAGGGGAGAAGUAAUCAAUGGAGCAACCUAUUCCAAGACAGUAGUCCGUGAUGGCAAGAGAGAAAGCAUCAUGAGCACACUUUUUGUCUCUCCAUCUGACGUUGAGAAUGGCCAGAUCAUCGUCUGUCGGGCUACUAACAAGGCUGUCCCCAGUGGAAAAGAGACUUCUGUCACCAUUGACAUCCAACAUCCACCUCUCGUCAAUCUGUCAGUAGAACCUCAGCCUGUCCUUGAAGACAAUAUGGUAAAGUUUCACUGCUCUGCAAAAGCCAAUCCAGCAGUCACCCAAUACAGAUGGGCCAAAAAGGGUCACAUUAUAAAGGAAGCAUCAAGUGAUGCUUAUGAGACCAUUGUUGACUACACCUAUUUCUUUGAACCUGUCUCCUGUGAGGUAACCAAUGCUCUGGGCAGUACCAACAUCAGCAGAACAGUCGAUGUCUAUUUUGGGCCACGCAUGAUGACGGAACCACAGUCUCUUCUUGUUGAUCUUGGAUCAGAUGCCGUAUUUAAUUGUGCCUGGAUUGGAAACCCAUCUCUGACCAUCGUCUGGAUGAAGCGAGGCUCUGGCGUGGUUCUGAGCAAUGAGAACACAUUAACGUUAAAAAAUGUGCGGCAAGAGGAUGCUGGGAAAUACGUGUGCCGAGCUGUGGUUCCACGUGUGGGUGCAGGAGAGCGGGAAGUGGCUCUGACUGUCAAUGGACCACCCAUUAUCUCCAGCACACAGACACAGCAUGCUCUCCAUGGAGAAAAAGGCCAGAUCAAGUGCUUCAUCCGCAGCACUCCUCCACCGGAUCGAAUCGCCUGGUCAUGGAAGGAAAAUGUCUUGGAGUCUGGUACCUCGGGUCGAUACACGGUAGAAACCGUCAGCACAGAUGAAGGUGUCAUCUCUACCUUAACCAUCAGCAACAUUGUACGGGCUGACUUCCAGACCAUUUACAACUGCACUGCCUGGAACAGUUUUGGUUCUGACACUGAGAUCAUACGUUUAAAAGAACAAGGUACGGAAAUGAAGUCAGGAGCUGGUAUGGAAACAGAGUCAGUACCCAUGGCAGUCAUCAUAGGCGUGGCCGUUGGAGCUGGUGUUGCGUUCUUGGUCCUGAUGGCCACCAUUGUGGCUUUCUGUUGUGCUCGCUCCCAGAGAAAUCUGAAAGGGGUCGUUUCAGCCAAGAAUGAUAUCCGUGUUGAGAUUGUUCACAAAGAGUCUGCCUCCAGCAGAGAAACUGAGGAACACCCAACAAUUAAGCAGCUAAUGAUGGACAGAAGUGAGUUCCAACAGGAUUCAGUCCUCAAACAACUGGAGGUGCUCAAGGAGGAAGAGAAGGAGUUCCAGAAUUUGAAGGACCCCACUAAUGGGUAUUACAGUGUGAACACCUUCAAGGACCACCACUCCACCCCCACCAUUUCUCUCUCAGGUUGCCAGCCAGAUUUGAGGCCAGCCAACAAGCAGCGUGUGCCAACAGGCAUGUCCUUCACCAACAUCUACACAACCCUGAGUGGGCAGAACCGUCUCUAUGACUACAGCCAGCGCUUCAUCUUAGGCAUGGGAAGCAGCUCCAUCGAGCUGUGUGAACGGGAAUUCCAGCGGGGUUCCAUGAGCGACAGCAGCUCCUUCCUGGACACACAGUGCGAUAGCAGCGUCAGCAGCAGCGGGAAGCAGGAUGGCUACGUACAGUUUGACAAGGCCAGCAAAGCUUCAGCCUCAUCCUCCCACCAUUCACAGUCCUCCUCUCAAAACUCAGACCCUUCUCGGCCCCUGCAAAGGAGGAUGCAGACCCACGUGUGAAAGGACAGGACGAAACUGGAAAUGAAAGAGAUGGGGAGGGAAAGCAGGAUAGGGUGCACUGGCAGGCAGGCCAAGAGACCACCUGCGCUGAAUCCUGGCCCUGCUGAAGUCAGCAAAUCCUGGGGGGAUGGAGGCUGUUUGACAAGUUUAUUUGUGCUCUAGUGACCUUUAGCUCCACAAAGCACUUCUCCCCUUCUCUAGAGUUAAACUUAAUGCAAGGUGAAGGGAGCUAGACUGAGCCUUGUAUCGCAGAUAGAACUUUUCAAAGAAACAUACGCCUUCUUUCCUAGACCUGUUGACUCCCUUAAACAAGGGGGAAGGACCCAUGACAGCUGAACCCAAACUAACCUUAAGCACAAUGUCCAUUACCUUCCUGUAGCAAACCAGGUGUGGAGGGAUGGGAACAAAGAAAAGCAAAAGGACAGAUAACUUAUUUGGAGAAUAUAGGUUAAAACAAAUCCCUCAGCCCCUUCUUUUAGGGAGGACAGGCUUCUAAAGUCAACUCUGCAGGAGUUCCAACAUCCAUGGCAUUCAGUGGGAGGCUAGGCAUCCUUGCCUGUCCUUCCAAAUAAGGUGAUGUCCCUGGCCACUGGAGAUUUGGAGGUAGUUAUGACCAUCCAUAGCUGACCAGCAAUUUGUAUUUCCCAGUUCAUCCAAGUGGCUUCCCCAUUUGGGAGAGGGAAGACAUCUAGGCUAUCUUUCACUGGCAUGUCCUCUACUGUUGGUCGCUUCAUGAAGAUAGAAUGACUGAUGCUUCUAGAGUCUUUUAUUCUUUCCACUUCCUCUUCCUUAGUGACAUCAAUUCCUGUCUGUGGACAUUUCGAGAAGGUGCAUCUUCAAAGCCGUCAUGUGCACCAGCAAACUGCCCUCCCUGCUGCUUAGCCUCAUUUGCAAAUUAUAAUUGGGGGGGGGGCUGUGUUCUUCAAAGCAACCUCAAACAAUGUGGCUUAAUUUAAGGAAGUUCAGUGUGAGGGGGAGGGGAAUAGCCAUUGGUGUAACGAUGUGCACUGACUGCUAAUCCUGGUCUUUUAUUAUUUUUAAUUAUUUUUAUUUUGUUUGGUGUUUAGUGUUUAUCAUAUUACAGUGUGUCUUUGGACUAAAAAAAAUGGAGUUGAGAACUUUUAAGAGUGGCUUCUCAGCAAAACACCCAGAUAUGCCUAUAGCCCAUCCAUCAUACUCUGAUUUUGAUUAAGAGGAACUGUUGGUAGAGGGAAGACUGAACUCAUCUUUUGAGUGAUGUGCGACAAUCACAGCAGAGGCCCUUCCAAAGUGGGGUACAGCUGCGAGCGAACACAAAACAUUUCUUCUGCUUGUGUAUUCCUUGCCCUCCCUUCCUGUUAUUCCCACAACAGCACAACUGGAAGAUUAAUACAAAAAUUGUUACAAGCACCAUUGCAGUGAGCUCUUUUGAAAACUAGUCUGAUUAAACAACUCUAUUCCAAAAGAGAAAUUACACAUCACAUUUAGAAGGAG